ACAAUCAGUAGUUUAGUGUUUUUAAUAAGGUAAAAAUCUUCGAAUGACAAUGGAGAAAUCAAAUGAAGGAGUGGCGGAAAAAAUCAAAGAACUGGAGAAAAAAAGUGAAGUGUUGAAUGCAUCAUACAAAAGGAAGAGUGGCAAAUACAAGACCAGUGGAAUAAGAUUGUCAAAGACAAAAGCAGCUAGAGCAAGGCGUCAACGUCAAAAAGAGGAAAAAUUGGCUAUUUCUGCAAGUAUGGCGGACAAAGAUAUUGAAGGACAACUCAUGGAGAUGGAAAACAUGGAUAUGAAUGAAAGUACGUUCUCUCCAUUAGACAGCACCAGUAAUGGAAAAGAAGACAUCCAAGUAGGUAGUUUUAAUGAAAUUGUGUUUUAGCCAGAAGUGUCCAGGGAAGAAGAAAAAAAGGAGGAUAAAUAUUGCGCUUAUGUCAACGAGAACGAGGAAGAAAUUGAAGAUAUUUUAGAAGAAAUUGAGAUCGUAGUAGAAGAAGAGGAAUAUGAAGAGGAAAUAGAAAAACAGGAACUUGCAGUUGAAGCAAGAGAAAAAUAUGAAGAUGAUAAGGAAAAAGAAGGAGAAAACAGUGAAUUUGCAGAGCAUG